AUGGCGAUCUCCUGGCAGGCUCAGAUAUUCCUGUCCUUCCUGGGUGGAGGCAUAGGAUGUUUAGCAGUCUUUGGGAUCCCAUGCCGGUCGAUGCAAUUUCUCUGGCACGCUCAGCCAAAUCACAGCCGAUCCUUUGGAAUGUACGUCAUCGACCCCGCGGGAAAUCCUACCGAGGAGGAAAGCUAUAUCUUGCAGGUGCCGCUGCGCGAGUUGAAGCAGGGAAUAGAUGACGAGGAGAUUCUAGCAAGGUUCUCCAAAGGAUUCUUUGCUGGGUGGGUUUUUGGGCCAGAGAGAUGGAUAGCGCCGUUUGUGCAGGGGAUUAUUGACCAUCAGGUAUUUUCCAAUGCAAGGGAAGCUCCUGGAGAUUUAUGUUCACGUCCAGACGCGUCCGACCCUGACAUAUCUCGCCCCAAUGCCAUGUCUCAGCAGCGCCUCCCGCCUCUCGGUGCAUGCCUAUUCGGCCUAUACUAUCUUGUUGACACAAGCGUUUGCAGCCCAAAAUAUCGAACGUCAAUAUACCCCGGAUCUGCUCAAAGACCCCGACCAGAGCGGAGUUUCGUGGAAUACGCAGGCCGCACGCAAGGCAGAAGCCUUGCGGCCUCGCACCGGUUCGAGUUGGUUAGGGAUUGUCCUGUAGCGAACGGUGAAGCGAAGAUCACAAUUAUCUACUCGCAUGUUAGGAGUAACCCGCGCACGGGCGGACGGGUGUAUUCAAGGCCGAUGACGGCGAUGCAUGUUUGCUAUGCACAUUUGCUGUUCGCUGAGGGGGUGAGGGAGGUCCUUGCUUCGCGGGGUUCUGCUUGA